UAUUGUUUUGAGCACGUUGUGCCACAAUCACAAUAAAGUUGUUCAAAUUUUACAAAAUGUUGGAAGAUGAAAGUUUAGAUAAAAAACCACCACGUAGAGGUGCUAAAUCUGCUCCUUCACGUUAUUUUCAUUCGCCUGUGCCCGAGGAAGAGGUUAAGCCUAUUAAAUUGAAAGGUGUCAGCCAACAGAAUUUCUCAGGUGAAAUCAUUAAGGUUGAGCAAGACAAGCAGAUCGGGUUUAAAAAAACUUUUUACCGCAAAGGGGCACCAAAAAAGUAUAUUAAAACAGAAACAAACACAAAAAUUCCAAAAGAACUCCUGAAAAAAUAUGAUAAAGGAGAAAAGGUAAGACCUAAAGGUGUAAAAACUAAAUUUUUCAAAGAGAAACAAGAGCGCAAGGAAGUGUAUCUACAAUAUGCUACGGAACAAGCUGCGCGAACAGAAAUUUUACUCACGGAACAACAAGGUUUUAUUGAGCCAGACGAGGAAGAGAUAACUGCACAGUAUCGGCAAGUAGAAAUUGCUAAAAAUGUCGACAUUUUGUCCGCAUCGAAACAUUUCAAAUUAAAUCUUGACUUUGGUCCGUAUUCCUUGCGGUAUACUAAAAAUGGUCGACAUCUGCUGCUUGGUGGACGCCGAGGACAUGUUGCUGCAUUUGACUGGAUUACAAAGAAGCUUCUUUGCGAAAUGAAUGUAAUGGAGGAAGUAGCUGAUGUCUCGUGGUUGCAUGUACAUACCAUGUUUGCAUGUGCGCAAAAAGAUUGGGUCUAUAUUUAUGAUAGUCAAGGCACUGAAUUGCAUUGUGUAAAACGUUUAUACAGAGUUAACUGUAUGGAGUUCUUACCUUACCAUUUUCUUCUUGCUACUGGUAAUAAAGAUGGCUACGCGUCAUGGUUGGAUGUAUCUAUUGGCGAGUUAGUCAGUAAUUUCAAUACGAAACUUGGUGAUAUACGAUUAAUGCAUCAAAAUCCAGGAAAUGGUGUUUUAUGCAUUGGCGGAUCUAAAGGUGUAGUGUCCAUGUGGUCGCCGAAAGUACGAGAACCUCUUGCGAAAAUGCUAUGCCAUUCCACACCUAUGAGUGCAUUGACUGUUGAUCCAAAAGGUCAAUAUAUGGUCACGGCGGGCCAAGACCGAAAAGUUAAGGUUUGGGAUGUACGCGCUUUAAAAGGUCCACUCGUAAGUUAUGGAUUGAGACUGCCAGCUAAUCAGGUUGUGGUGUCCCAGCGUGGUUCUCUAGCAUAUUCACAGGGCUCGUAUUGUGAGAUUCAAUCGAACUUGUUAUUGGGAGAAAAGGCUGAAACGCCAUAUCUGCGACAAAUGUGUGAUUCAUUUGUGCAUGGCAUGCGCUUCUGCCCCUAUGAAGAUAUUCUUGGCAUAGCAACAGCCAAAGGCUUUCAGUCAUUACUUGUUCCCGGCUCAGGUGAACCCAAUUUCGAUGCUUUGGAGGAUAAUCCUUAUCAGACCAAGUCACAGCGUCGUGAACAUGAAGUGCACGCACUUUUAGAGAAAAUACCACCAGAGUUGAUUACUUUGGAUCCAAAUGAAAUUUCUGCUGUUGAUGUGCCCACGCUGCAAGAGAAGGUUGAUGCGAAGCGAGCAUUAUUCCAUUUGAAACCACCAAAAAUUGACUUCAAGUCGCGACAUAAAAUGAAGGGUCGCGGAGGAAGUGCGAAAGCUUCACGUAAUAAGCAAAUAGUUAAGGACCUCAAAAGAAAGGAGUUUAUUACGGAAAUCAAAAAAUCGAAGCAAACUAUCUUCAAACAAAAUACAAAGAAAGCAAGCGAUUUUAUACCUCUUGACUCAAGUGUGCCGUCGGUACUGGAUCGUUUUAAACCAAAAAGUACGAAGAAGAAGUAGUUAAUAUCAGUUCCAAUUUUAAUAUAAAUUUGUUUAUUCAUACAAAUAGUAAAUAAUAAUACUACUAUACCGGAUUUUUAAUCAUGCAUAAUUUAAA